AAGAAGCCAUCAAACGUCGUUUAACGUUUGGCCUGAUCUGAUCUGAUCCAAAUCCCGAAGAUGAUGAGUCUGCGUCUUUGCCUGUUGGCUACCUGCCUCGUGGUGGCUGCCUAUGCCUCCAAGGAUGGCUCUAACACUCAGCUGAAGCCGACCAAGUGGUUGACCGCCUCCGAUUUGGAGAGUGUGCCCUCCCUCAACGACAUCACCUGGGAGCGUUUGGAGAACCAGCCCCUGGAGCAGGGUGCCAAGCUGAUUGAGAAGAUCUACCACGUUGGCCAAAUCAAGCACGAUCUGACCCCCAGCUUCGUGCCCAGCCCCAGCAACGUACCCGUCUGGAUUGUCAAGUCCAACGGACAGAAGGUCGAUUGCAAGCUGAACAACUACGUGGAGACAGCCAAGGCACAGCCCGGAUUCGGUGAGGAUGAGGUCACCAUUGUCCUGACCGGUCUGCCCCAGAGCAGCCCAGCCCAGAAGAAGGCCAUGCGCAAGUUGGUCCAGGCCUACGUCCAGAAGUACAACCUCCAGCAGCAGCAGAAGAACGCCCAGGAGCAGCAGCAGCAGCUGAAGAGCAGCGACUACGACUACACCAGCAGCGAGGAGGCUGCCGACCAAUGGAAAUCCGCCAAGGCCUCCAGCGGCGAUUUGAUCAUCAUCGACCUCGGCUCCACCCUGACAAACUUCAAGCGUUACGCUAUGUUGGAUGUGCAGAACACCGGCGCCAUGAUCGGCCAGACUUUGAUCGAGCUGACCAACAAGGGAGUGCCCCAGGAGAUCAUCCAUCUGAUCGGUCAGGGUAUCAGCGCUCAUGUUGCCGGAGCUGCUGGUAACAAGUUCACCGCCCAAACUGGACACAAGCUGCGCCGCAUCACCGGUCUGGACCCCGCCAAGGUUCUGUCCAAGCGUCCCCAGACUCUGGGUGGUCUCUCUCGCGGUGAUGCCGAUUUCGUGGAUGCCAUCCACACCUCGUCCUUCGCCAUGGGCACCCCAAUCCGUUGCGGUGAUGUUGACUUCUAUCCCAAUGGACCAUCCACCGGUGUUCCCGGAUCUGAAAAUGUUAUCGAGGCUGUUGCCCGUGCCACCCGUUACUUUGCCGAAUCUGUGCGUCCCGGCAGCGAGCGCAACUUCCCCGCCGUCCCUGCCAACUCCCUGAAGCAGUACAAGGAACAGGAUGGUUUCGGCAAGCGUGCUUACAUGGGUCUGCAGACCGAUUUCGAUCUUCGCGGCGAUUACAUCCUGGAGGUCAACCCCAAGAGCCCCUUCGGUCAGCGUAGCCCCGCCCACAAGCAGGCUACCUACCAUGGUGUCCACCAGGCCCAGAACUAAGGCGUUUAACCAUGCCCAAAACAAUGUUUUACCCAGGCAGUUCGAUCGCCAUGCACUAUCUGAUACUCAGAGAAUCCCGGAAAACGUAGUCUAGUUUAGAAGUUCCAUAGAACAAUCAUAAAACAAAAAUUAUAAAAUCCCAUAAAAAUAAAAGCUGCAAAUCUACCAAAAAA